CACAAGCUUCUGGCAGGGAAUCCACAGGAGACAGAUCAGGAGCUGCAGCAGGAGGUGCAAGCAAAGGAGUGAAAACAGAGCCCCAAGAUGUGGUGCCUCCUCGUGCUGCUCUGCUCCCAGGGAAUUGCCUUGUCAGCAGGAUUCAGAGCAGCCUCCACUCCAGGUGUUGACACGAGCCUCUGCAAGAAGAGUCGCAACCCCGAAUGCUUCAUGAAUGUUAGUGAAAUUAUCAGAUAUCAUGGAUUCCCCAGUGAGGAAUAUGAAGUUACAACGGAGGAUGGAUACAUCCUUGCUGUUUACAGAAUUCCUGCUGGAAGGAACAGCCAAAAUACAGGGAAGAAGCCUGCAGUCUUGCUACAUCAUGGUGUUUUAGCAGAUUCUAUUCAAUGGAUUUCCAACCUGCCCAACAACAGCUUGGGCUUCAUGCUCGCAGAUGCCGGCUAUGAUGUCUGGUUGGGAAACAGCCGAGGGAACACCUGGUCCUUAAAACACAAGACCCUUAAGCCCUGCCAAAAGGAGUUCUGGCAGUUCAGCUUUGAUGAGAUAGGUAAAUAUGACAUUCCAGCGGAGCUGAACUUCAUCAUGAAUAAAACUGGACAGAAGCAUAUUUACUAUAUUGGUCACUCUGAAGGGACAACUGCAGGCUUCGUAGCAUUUUCUACUUAUCCUGAAUUGUCUCAGAAGAUUAAAGCAUUCUUUGCUUUGGCACCAGUGGCCACAAUCACACAUGCUACCAGUCCUCUGUUAAUACUUACACAGCUUCCCCAGCCAUUGAUCAAGUUACUAUUUGGCUGCAAAGGAGUUCUUCACAUCAAUGAGCUGGUGAAAAGACCUCUAACACAGUUCUGUGCAUGUCUGGGAAAAGUUUGUGCCAGUAUCUUCUGCUACCUAGUCGGAGGCAGGAUACAAAAUGUUAACACGAGUCGAACAGAUUCAUACUCAGGACAUUACCCAGCUGGAACAUCAAUACAGAAUGCUAUUCAUUGGCAACAGAUCCGACAUGCAAACCAGCUUCAAGCUUAUGACUAUGGCUGUAAGGAAAACAUGAAGAAAUACAACCAAACUGCUCCUCCUGCAUACAAGAUAGAGGAGAUAAAGAUACCAACUGCUGUUUGGAGUGGUGGACAGGACACAGUUGCAGACCCGAAAGACAUGGCAAGGCUACUUCCUCGGAUUACUAAUCUCAUUUACCAUGAGAAUUUUCCUGCAUGGGGACAUCUUGAUUUCCUCUGGGGUCUUGAUGCAACUGAGAAAAUGUAUCUGAAAAUCAUUGAACUACUAAAAAAAUAUGCUUAAAAUGCCAUUUAAUGCCAUUAAAGGAUUUAAUUCAUGCAGUAGAAACCCUAGAGAUUUCUAUUUAGCAGUUGAUUAUUGGAAUAGGGAUAGGUAUAGGGGUUUACAAACUACUGAAAACUGGUCAUUUUUUUACAAUUGCUUCCUAUGUUGCACUAUUUUGGUGGCUGCAGUCUUUCUGAAGAAGCUGAGGCAUGAGCUCAGACAAAUGACCAAUGAAAAUACAAAUAUUUUAGGUAGAACACUUCAGGGAUCUCUUACUUUGGAAGAUUUCCAUUUUUAUGAGACUGAUUUUGCUAAGGUUUCAUUUUCUGUUUCCUUGUUGAGCUGUACUACAUAUUUCACUUGAGACAAAGGUGAUUUCCCCAGAAAACCCAAAAUGGGAGAUAAUUUCUCUGUUUACUGAACUUUGCUGAAG